AUGGCUUCAAAAAACAUGACGAUGAUCAUGGCUCUCUACCUCACGUUCAACCUCGUCUUCUUGGGCUUCGCCUCGGCCCAACCUCCCGUAACUCAGCAGGACUGUCCUAUCGACUUGCUCAGGCUCGAGGUUUGCGCCGACAGAAUUGCCAGUAUCCGCUUUGACCUUAUCCCUUCCCAAGUUGUGGCCCAAUGUUGUACUCUCUUAGCUCAGCUUAGUGGGGUAUGUGCCCGCGAAGUCGUUCGUAUCAGUUUGAAGGUCGAGCUCUUGAGUGGGAGGGCUAAUGGGCUCUUCGGUCUCUGUCCUGGUGUAGCCGUACCACCUGGUGGUGUUAGCUGCAACUAA